AUGGCUCCUCCCGAGGUCGGACAGAUUGUGUUUAGCCAAUCCUCUCAGCCACAGGCUCAGUGCAACACUGCUGUGUCUGACCAUGCUUUCACUCUUCCUGCUGGAUUUCCAAAUGUCCUGAGCUCUCCCAUGAGCUGGAUCGGCAAGCAGCACUCGGAUGAAACAUCGUAUGUUGUGAUGCUGAGUAUGGAGGACUUGGCUGAGUUGAACCGUGCGCUGUUGCAUUUCAAGUCUCUUGGUUUGGAUGGUGAUUUGGUGGACAAGACCAACUUCCCUCUGCCUCAGCUUGCCAAGAAGCUGAAUUCCAUGCGACGACAAGUGUACGCCGGCCGGGGCUUUGCUCUUCUUCGCGGCCUCAAUGUCAACGACUACUGCGUGGAUGACUUGACAAUCAUUUACCUGGGUAUCCAGCGCUACAUUGCAAACCAAUUUGGCCGUCAGGAUAACAAGGGUAACAUGCUCGACAACUCUUCGCCCAUCAAUGCUCACCAUCACCGACACUCUACAGCGCCCAUUACUUUUCAUACUGAAGAGUCUGGCGAUGUGAUUAGCUGGCUCACUCGAAGCACAGCAGCCUCUGGCGGCAAAUGCAUCAUUGCAUCGGCCCACACCGUCUACAACAUUCUUGCCGCGACACGUCCAGAUUUAGUCCGUGUACUUGCUCGGUCCGACUGGCCCUUUGCUUUGCCCACGUUUCAUUGCCGACCGGUGCUGCAGCACCACGACGGCAAGAUCAUGAUCAACUUUGGCCGCACCGCUCUCAUGGGCAGCGCCAGCCACCCUCGCUGCGCGUCCCUGCCGCAGCUCACGCCCGUCCAGGCGGAAGCGCUCGACGCAGUUGAGGCCAUUGCGCGGGCCACGCAGCUCGAGAUAAAGACUGCGGCGGGCGACAUUCACCUGAUUAACAACUUUGCGGUGCUGCACCGCCGCCAAGGCUUCGUCGACGGAGCGCAGAGCGGCGAGAAGCGCCACCUCGUGCGCAUGAGGCUCCGCGAUGAGGAGCUGGGCUGGGCGGUUCCAAGCGAGCUUCAGGCGGAGUGGACGCAGGCCUUUGGAGAUCUUAUUGAUUCUCCGCGUCGCGCGGAUACUCGUCGGGACUUGAUCGGUUCGAAACCCCCAAACGUCGACAACAUGUCCGCCUCGUCGGGCAAGGCGAAACAGCACCGCGCCGAUUCCUCAAACUACACGCCGGUAUACCAAGACGACGACGACAACGACCAUGACGAUUCUCAAGCCCAGAAUACAUAUGAAAUGAAGCCGCCGACGAAGCAAUAUCCCAUGGCUCCGCUGCUUGCGCCGCCGCCGCCGUCGACGCCCGGCGCUCGCUACCGUGUGAUUGCCAUGGCCAGCUGCAUCGUCAUACUCGUCGCCGCCAACCUAUACCUCUCUCUGCCGUAUGCGUUUGCCGGCUACGGGUACCGCAACGACAACUGCCCUGUGCCGCCCGAGGACUUGCCGCAGUACUUUCGCACGUCGCCGAACCUGUGGCCCGGGCCGACGGCAACCGGCGCGGCGGCGUUUCUUGCGCAGACGCGCGUAUUCGACCCGACGGCCACGUUUGUGCCCAACGAGCCGCUGCAGACGUCGAUGCCGAUUGAGGGCAUGAAGAGCGGCAACGAGAGCAUCUUUAAAAUGAUGGCGUUUCUGGCGCCGUAUUUCCCCUCGCCCGGCUUUGGCGUGGACGAGUACCCGCUGCCCGAGGGGGCAGAGAUAACGCAGGUCCAGAUGCUGUCGCGCCAUGGCUCGCGAUAUCCGACGUCGGGGUCAGACGUGGUGCGGUUUGGGAAAAAAGUUGAUGAUAGACGAGAAAAGGCCACGUUCAAGGGAGCGCUGGCGUUUAUUCAGGACUGGAAGUAUGAGCUUGGCCACGACAUUUUGGUGCCAAAGGGACGCCAAGAAUUGUAUGAUUCUGGUGUUUUGCAUAAUUACAUGUAUGGAAAACUAUACAACCCGAGCAGCAAGAUUAUCGUCCGCACGACUACGCAGGAUCGCAUGCUCAAGUCUGCCGAGAACUGGCUGGCUGGCUUCUUUGGUCUGGAAUGGAGAAACAACGCCACCAUUGAAGUUCUUAUCGAGGGUAAAAAUUUCAACAAUUCGCUUGCUGGCUACUUGAACUGCCCAAACUCGUUUAUCAAGUCUUCUGGUCUUGAAGCUCCCACCGCUUGGAUUAACAUGUAUCUCAAGGAUGCCGUAUCGCGAUUCAAUGCCAUGUCCGAUGAUUUUGAAUGGACGGCUCAAGAUGCAUACGCCGCGCAGACCAUGUGUCCAUAUGAGACUGUAUCGUAUGGCUUCAGCAAGUUUUGCGAUCUAUUCACGUAUGAAGAGUGGCAAGGCUUCGGCUACUCUGUCGACCUGUCCUUUUCCGCUACCAAUGCUUUCCACAGCCCAACAGGCCGCGCUAUUGGCCUUGGCUAUCAACAGGAAGUCAUGGCCCGGAUCAAGAACCACACUCUCGGCUACUCGGGUUCUCAGAUCAACGUCACUCUCGACAACAAUCACGAGACCUUUCCGCUGAACCAGAGUCUCUACUUUGACUUUUCCCACGACACCAACAUUGUUUCUGUCCUGACUGCGUUUGGUCUGCGCCAGUUUGCCGACGAGCUGCCCCCCACAGAGUACCCCGGCGACCACAAUUUCACGAUAUCUCACAUGACGCCCUUUGGCGCCCGUCUCGACAUGGAGAUUAUCAAGGCCCCGCAGCCCGUCUCCCCCCAUCGCGACGGCUACCUGCGCGGCAACGAGACGCGCUACAUUCACUUUGUCCUCAACCAGCGCACCGUUCCGCUCGGCCAGAGCUUUCCCGAGUGCGACGUGGAGCGCAGAGAUGGCUGGUGCGAGCUCGAGACGUUUAUCAAGAUUCAGGACGAAAUGGCGGAAAGGGCACUGUACGACUAUGCGUGCUUUGGUGACUAUGAGGCCGAGCCAUACGGCAAGGUCACAGACGGUGUACCGUAUCGGCCCUAG